AUUUAUAUCCCAGGUUAUUGAAUUGUGUAUCAAACCUUGAACACCAAGUAGGAUUGGAGUUUUCGCGAACAAUGAACAAACUUGUCUUCGAUAAAGUUGUUUCAAGAAACCCGAAAUCUUUCGCUUACGUCACGCUGCCUGAACCUGAACCUCAGUAUUCAUCGUGUACAGGGCGAGUGUCAGAUGUUCCAGAAUACGACUUUGAAGAACAAAGGGAUAGUUUUGCAUUCAAUUCAUUGUGGACGAGAGUUGAGGCAAUUGUUGCUUCGGGGAAGGUCCACACUGAAUGCAACAAAGUGAAAGUCAUGUCUCUAUUUAACACAACUUUAACUAAAAGCAUGAAACUUGAAGAGUUUGAGCAAAACCAAUCACAAGCUUACACCCAGGUUCAAUUGUUCCUACGAGACUCAUGGAUCUCCACGUUACGCAUGGUUGUACGAGGUAGCUUCCAAUAUGUAGGGAAGGGAUGGUUCAACAUGUAUGAGACAAACUGGGAGGUCUAUAGGAUUUCGAAACUAAGGAAAUACAUGGAAAUGGUCAAGUUCUGCAUGCAGGACUCCCUGCGUUACUUGGUGCAAGAUUCCCUCACAAACUUCACCACCAUGAUAAGUGAUGCUUGUUACCAAGUCAUGGAAUGUAAGGAUGAGAUGGAGUGGCCAGGAACGGUGUUGGCGUCGCCGUUUAAACCUAAGAGGAACCCACUCUUUGUUAUUGAUCUUGUUAUGGAUGCCACAGGUGUUCAAUACAGCACACCGUUAGAAUCGUUUGAACCAUCCUUGGUUGGGUUGUUUGAUAAAGCCAUUGCAUCAACACAGCAUGUACCUCAGCUUGAGAGGUACGUGUUAGAGGAGUUGUUCUGGAGGGGAGCCGCUUUACUAGAGUCAGUUGGAGCUCAUGAGCCCAAUGUGGAAGAACUGAGGAAAACUAUAAUCCACGCCGUCCAACAAUCCCUGAUCCCCAUGCGUUCGCAUGCAAAGUGCUACAUCAAGCAUCUUGACCUGCAUAACUUGGUGGUUGAUGAUUAUAUCAAGGAGUUUGACAGCCAGGAGCAUACAGCUGCCCAGGUUAAAGCCGAGGUUGACAUGCAUUUGUUGGAGAAGGAGAAGAUAGAAGCAGAGAUCCCAUCCAGUAUCGUGAUUGGGGCGUUCUGGGUUGGGACCGAGAAUGUGAGACAAUCCUUGUCCAAGAAAAGGAAGACACUCGCCAACGCUGUGUUGGAAUUAUUGGCCAAGAAGUUGAGAGAUCAAGCUGAUGAGGCUUGCGAGGAAUGUAAGUUCAUCAACCGCAAGUUAUACGAGAAGCCCAACUCAGUUGAGGAGUUAACGGAAAUGCGAGAAUGGAUGAAAGGAGUCCCGGAGCAACUCCUCCAGCACCAGGAGAUGAUCAACAGGGCGAUGGUGGAUUACGAGCUCAUCGAGGAGUUUAAUUAUAAUUUGUCUCAGGAGGAUUUCAUCGCAAAUGUAAUUGAUGAAAACACCAUAGAUGAAACAAAACACCAACCCUUUGAACAUAUAUGCUUGGCUACCAGUUAGGGCUUACUUUUACACUCAAUCUUUGGCUGCAGACAAGUCUGUUUUUAAAAAUAAAAUCUAUAAUAUAAUUGAUCAAACUUAUCGAUCAAGUAGAACUUUAUUGAAAUAGA